AAACCCCCGAAACUCCACCUUCCGGGCGCGCGGCGCGGAGCCGGGCGGUGGGAAUGGAGCGAGCAGAUUGAGGCCGCCACUGCAGCGCCGCCAGCAUGAACUUGGCCGCGAGCUAAAGCGGCCGGCGGCGGGCGGGCGCGGGGGCACCGGCCGCUAGCCAGGGGGUGAUCUGCAACAGGGCUGGGCUCCUUGGCGGCCGCCUGAGGCCAGGCUGCCCGCGCUGGCGGCCGCCCGCCCCUCGGACACUGCCCCCGCCGCCGCCGGAGCUCUGCAGCACGCCCUGUGUCUAGGUCGUUUGGGAAACGCCUUGGAGAGUCAAGAAUAAAAUUGCAGGUCAAACAAUGGAUGACUGGAAAAGUCGGCUUGUAAUCAAGAGCAUGCUUCCCCAUUUCGCCAUGGUGGGAAAUCGUCAGGAGCCCAGAAAGCUCCAGGAAUCGGGAACUGUUAAGAGGAGACAAGAAGAAGACCACUUCCAGUUUCCAGACAUGGCUGAUGGGGGCUACCCUAAUAAAAUUAAGAGGCCUUGCCUUGAAGAUGUCACCCUUGCAAUGGGCCCAGGCGCCCAUCCUGGUACCGCCUGUGCAGAGCUGCAGGUCCCUCCAUUGACAAUGAAUCCUAGCCCUGCGGCUAUGGGAGUGGCUGGCCAAUCGUUACUGCUCGAGAAUAACCCUAUGAAUGGCAACAUCAUGGGCUCACCAUUUGUGGUACCACAGACUACAGAAGUGGGACUGAAAGGGCCUGCUGUUCCUUACUAUGAGAAAAUCAACAGCGUGCCGGCUGUAGACCAGGAGCUUCAAGAGCUGCUAGAGGAGCUCACCAAAAUUCAAGACCCUUCUCCGAACGAGCUAGAUCUUGAGAAGAUACUGGGGACGAAGCCAGAAGAGCCACUGGUUUUAGAUCAUCCCCAGGCAACCCUAAGCACAACUCCCAAGCCUUCGGUUCAGAUGUCACACUUGGAGAGCCUGGCUUCCAGCAAGGAGUUUGCUUCUAGUUGCAGCCACGUUACUGGCAUGUCACUUCAGAUCCCGUCCUCCACAGGGAUCAGCUAUUCGAUUCCUUCCACCAGUAAGCAGAUAGUGUCACCGAGUUCUUCAAUGGCACAGUCCAAGAGCCAGGUCCAGGCUAUGCUCCCUGUUGCUCUGCCCCCCUUACCAGUGCCUCAGUGGCAUCACGCCCACCAGCUGAAGGCACUGGCAGCCAGCAAGCAGGGGUCUGCUACGAAGCAGCAAGGGCCCACCCCCAGUUGGUCUGGUCUGCCUCCUCCAGGACUCUCUCCACCUUACCGCCUGGUGCCAUCACCACACCCACCACCACCACCACUGCCGCCACCACCCCCACCAUUCAGCCCCCAGAGCCUCAUGGUGUCCUGCAUGUCGUCCAAUACUUUGUCGGGCAGCACUCUCCGAGGCUCUCCCAAUGCCUUACUGUCAAGCAUGACAUCCAGCAGCAAUGCUGCCCUGGGGCCCACCAUGCCCUAUGCUCCUGAGAAGCUCCCCAGCCCUGCUCUCACUCAACAGCCGCAGUUCGGCCCUCAGAGCUCCCUUCUUGCCAACCUCGUGUCCUCUACCAUCAAAACCCCUCAAGGACACCUGAUGUCUGCUCUGCCCGCUAGCAACCCUGGGCCUUCCCCACCCUAUCGCCCGGAGAAGCUCUCCAGCCCAGGCUUGCCACAGCAGUCCUUCACCCCACAGUGCUCCCUGAUCCGAAGCCUCACUCCCACCAGUAAUCUUCUAAGCCAGCAGCAGCAGCAGCAGCAACAGCAACAGCAGCAGCAGCAGCAAGCAAAUGUGAUCUUUAAGCCCAUGAACAGCAACUCAUCCAAAACCCUGAGCAUGAUCAUGCAGCAGGGGAUGGCAAGCUCCAGCCCAGGAGCCACAGAGCCAUUUACUUUUGGCAACACCAAGCCCUUGUCCCAUUUUGUUUCUGAGCCGGGUCCCCAGAAGAUGCCCUCCAUGCCUGCCACCUCUAGGCAGCCUUCCCUGCUCCACUACCUGCAGCAGCCAACACCAACACAGGCCUCUUCAGCCACUGCCUCCUCCACAGCCACUGCCACCUUGCAGCUGCAGCAGCAGCAGCAGCAACAGCAGCAGCAACCUGACCAUUCAUCAUUCCUUCUGCAGCAGAUGAUGCAGCAACCCCAGCGUUUUCAGCGAUCAGUGGCCUCAGAUUCCAUGCCUGCUCUGCCCAGACAGCAAGAGGAACAGAGAUCAGGUCAUAUGGCAAUGACCCCUGAACGGCAGAAUGCAUAUAUCUCCCAACAGAUGAGUCCAUUUCAAGCCGCCCAAGAACAAGUCACCUCCAAGUGUAGCCGGAUCAAGGCAAGCCCCCCAUCUAGCAAGCACUUGAUGCCACCCAGAACUGGGCUCCUUCAGAACAAUCUGAGUCCAGGAAUGAUCCCACUCAGCAGCCACCAGAGCUGCGAGGGCAUGGAAGUGAUCUCACCAACUCUGGGGAAGCGGCAAGGGAUUUCCACCUCCAGCUCCCAGUUUCCCAUCCCCUCGCACUCAGGCCAGACUCCCCUGGGCAGUCUUGGCCCUGUCUGCCAGCAUACGCAGAGUCCCAAGGUCACCCCACCAGAAGUGCCCCUGCCUGGGUUCUGUCCCAGCUCCCUGGGCACCCAGUCCUUGAGUCCCCACCAGCUCAGACGGCCUAGUGUGCCAAGAAUUCCCACUGUGUUUAACAAUGCUGCAUGGGGCACAGCGGCAGCAGCUGUGACCACAGCAGUUUCGGGGAAACCACCCCUGAGCCAAGUGGAUAAUAGUGUUCAGCAGCAUUUUGAUAGCAACUCCAUCUUUGCCAAGGCGCCUGUGAGAGUGCCCCUGAUGGCCCCAGUGAGUGCUGUUCUGGCCAACAACCCCAGCUUCAGCCUGCUGGGCAGUCAGAGCCUCAGGCAGAGCCCAGUGCGGGGCCCAGUGCCUGUAGCAAACACCACCAAGUUCCUCCAGAAGGGUAUGGCCAGCUUUAGUCCCCUGAGCCCCAUACAGGGCAUCGAGCCACCAAGCUAUGUGGCUGCUACUGCCACCGCUGCUGCUGCUUCUGCCAUUGCCGCCAGCCAGUUCCCAGGUCCGUUCAACAGAACGGGUAUUCCCCCUGAGCUGCCACCUGCCGACUUUUUGCGCCAGCCCCAACCCCCACUAAAUGAUCUGAUUUCGUCACCUGACUGCAAUGAGGUAGAUUUCAUUGAAGCUCUCUUGAAAGGCUCCUGUGUGAGCCCAGAUGAAGACUGGGUGUGCAACUUGAGGCUGAUCGAUGACAUUUUGGAACAGCAUGCUGCUGCUCAAAAUGCCACAGCCCAGAAUGCUGGACAAGUCACCCAGGAUGCUGGGGCGCUUUAAAUCUGAGCAGGAUGCCCAUAGAAACGCCCACGUUGACAUCGCUCUAGGGAGUGGUGUCACUCCACACCCGCAGCUGUCUCCCGUUACAAUUUGAGUGGUGUUGUCAGCCCAUGCUUAUCCCUCCCCUCUACCUGUGACAAAAUGGAAAGCUGGUGAUUUUUCAAGCUACGUGUACAUAUUUGAAAAUUUUGUAAAUGGUUUUCCUAAACAUUAAUGACAGAAGUAUUUAUACUUCAUUUUGUGACUUUGUAAAUAAAGCAACGGCUUUUGUUUCAGUAGAGUUGUGUUUAGUAUGCAUUGUUUUGUGUUUAUUAUACAUUGUUACAAAUAUGCAGACUGUGUUGUUUGCUCCAGUGAUACCUUGUUAAGCUAGGUGGCUGAGUCGCUUAUGGUUUUGAUGCAAUGAGCAAUGUGGAUGUGACCAAGAGUUGUUGUGCAAGUUGACAAAUGCCAAAUAGAAAACCACUUGGCCAUUUAUUUCUAUGUUCACUAAAAAUCCUAUUGCCUUGUGUGAUUCUUAAUCUCUUUUGCAAACCUUUCAGUCUCCGCUAGCUCUUUCCUAAUGAGCAUUUACAGCAGAAGCCGUUUUAUCAUUAAGUGCCCCACAGAGACACUUUACCAGGAGGCUGAGAGAGUUCUCCAGAUCUGGGAGAGGCGCAGAGAGAGCGUGUGCGCCGAGCACCGUCUCAGCAAUCCACCUUGAGGAGCUAGAGUAUCCUCUUCCCUUUACCAUUCAGACCGAGAGAAAAAGCCCAGCUUGUGUGCACCCUCGUGGGGUGAAGGCGAGCUGUUCCUGGUUUAAAGCCUUUCAGUAUUUGUUUUGAUGUAAGGCUCUGUGGUUUGAGGGGGAACAUCUGUAAACAUUAAUAGUUGAUUUGGGGUUUGUCUUUGAUGGUUUCUAUCUGCAAUUAUUGUCAUGUAUAUUUAAGUGUCUGUUAUAGAAAACCCACACCCACUGUCCUGUAAACUUUCCUCAGUGUCCAGACUUUGUGUAAUCACAUUUUAAUUGGCACCUCGUAUUUCGCCUCUACAUUUGAAAUCUGGCGUCUGUUUCAAGCCAGUGUGUUUUUUCUUCGUUCUGUAAUAAACAGCCAGGAGAAAAGUG